CUCUGCCUCCCUAUUACCCGCUCACCUCCGUUCUCAGCUCUCAGCUUUUCAGCUUCUCUCUUUUCUUCCUGCAUUUCAAUCAUCUCUUCAGCCUGUUUUGACUGUAUCUCGCCCCCACGCUCACGCUCACGCUGCAACCCAAGAGAUCCUGAUUGAUUUAUAAGCUGCUUUGAAAUCACUGCAGAUCAACGAGGCUGUCAACGUUACGCGGAUCGAGAUGCCCGUGUCUCGUCAUUCAUGUGCAACAUGUCGCCGUCUGAAGAGGAAAUGCAUGAGAGAGCUGCCAUCUUGCUCCUUAGUACGGCUCAGAAAUGGGGCAGAUAUAGCCUAAAACUGACGGCUUACAGUGUCGGCGCCUAGGCAAGAAAUGUGAAUAUAUAGAACUUCCACCACCUCCAACUGCUCCUCCGCCAGAUGGAACAAGCCAGCCGUCUCUAUCAGAGCCCAACCAACCGUUUCCCUUGGCCUUCUUCUUGGAUCCAGAUCUCUUUACGCCGCUGACCACCAGCAAUGCAUUAGCACCUGGGCCAAGAGUCGAUCUGCAACAGAUUAUAGCCAAGCACUUAGAACCAGAUGACUUACCAGUCCUCUAUCACAAUUACUUUUCUUCAGUACAUGAGUGGCUUCCCAUGAUUAGCAGAAAGCGGAUCACACAUCCCGAUCCUUUCAGUCAAGAUGCUUGCCAUGAUCUGCUACUUUUAUGCAUGAAAAUAUGCACGCUCAGACCCAAUGGCCACCCUCCAUCUCAGCACCCGUUGUACAUGUUGGCAAAAACUCUAAGUGCUGCUGCUGAAAGUGCAGGCCUAGUUUCACUUCGCCUUGCUCAGUCCUUGGUGCUAUUAGCUCUCUAUGAAGCGUGCCAGGCUAUAUAUCCUGCCUGUUACCUCACCAUUAGUCGAGCGGCGAGACUAGGUAUACUAAUGAGUUGGCAUGAUAGAGAUGCACAGCAACUCUUCAAAUUUGCUGACUCCUGGUCUAAGCGAGAAGAACAGCGCAGAACAUGGUGGACUAUCUUUGUGCUUGACAGGUUCAUCAGUAUGGACACAAGUGGGCUGCCAUUUUCAGCUCCGGAGCCUUGCCCUGAUGAGCUGCUACCAGUCAACGAUGAAGACUGGGUUUUGGGUAAGACUGUUCCAAGCGAGCCACUGUAUACAGCAUGCUUCAGCUCCAUCACGACUCUGGGCUCCUUUGCUAGAACAUGCCAAGCAGCUCAUAUGCUCGGCAAGGUCGUUACACACAAACAUUUGAAAACCAAAUCUUCGCACGAUAUCCUACAUGUUGUCCAGGAAGCGCAGAGCCUUAAUAGAGCACUAAACUCGCUACAAAUUUCUAUUGAAGAACAAUCCUUGAGCAACGUUUCUUCUUCUUCGGCAUCCUCUUUGGCAUGUGCUUCCGCCAUUUGCAUUUGUGCCCAAGCGCUCCUAUACGGAGCUUAUGGAUGUCCUGACGCACCUGGAAUAACAAGUCGAGAACGUUUGACACACGAAACAGAAUUGCAGAGUAUUAGCGUUCAAGGCCUGAGAGCACUAGGUAGUACUUUGACCCCUAAACUGGCUCAGAUUCAGUCAGGUUGUCCUCUUCAAGCACGAUGUUUUUAUACCGCUUGUAGUGCGUGCUCAUGGUUUAUUCGGGAAGACAAUGAACCGCAGAUGAAAGAAGCGUUGGUGACUAUCGUGGAUGGUCUCAAAAGACUAUCUGAGCGUUGGCCAAUUGCGACCGAGUACCUUUCUCUGCUCGAUCAGGGCGGGAUUUUGCGCCUCGUUGAUGACAGCUCUGAGAUGGAUAUCACGUCUUGAAGUCUAAUGCUCCUUGGUAUUUCAACGGACUCUCAGGUCCAAAAAUCAUGAGAUGGUGCUCGAUAUGCGGUCCAACAUCAAGCACGGGGAAUGAUUGUGCUGGACAUCGACACCACGUGAUAUGGCUGGCCUCAAUUGAUCUCCGAACGGCAUGCCAUAAACCAGAAUGUCAAUCACGAGUCACGGUAUUCUCCAUCGGCGAAGUUCAUGUAAGUUCAUGAGUCGUCCAAAAGCAUCAGGCAAUUCUUAGCAAUUGAGUUCGUCCAAGUGGGCCUGUCAUUCUGCCUUUGGCCUAGCCUCCUCUUUUGGUUGCUGGGUCCGAAAUCGGUGGAUCACGUCUUUCUUUUCGCCUUUGGCAGAAGAAUUCUUCUUAUAAACAUCCUCUAUCCAAUUCGCCCUCCACUAGUGGAUCUCACAGGGCUCAAAAGCGCUAUUGCAGCUCAAGCUUUCAUCAAUUGAGCCGAGACUAACAGCAAAUACACACAACACAAGCGCCAAUGCCUUCGAGCCAACGUCGGCGCCGUGAGGGCCACCAAGACUCUCACUCUCACAUCCACGAUGGCGUGUUACACGAUGAGACUUCGCCUCUGCUUCCGAGGAUAUCAGAAGUCAGCGAAAAUGGAACCGCAAAGUCGUUGACCGACGUCCACAGCCUCUUGGCUGAGGCGAAACUGCUAUGCCAGUACUCUCUCCCUUUGAUCGCGACGUAUCUGCUUCAGUAUUCUUUUACUGUCAUUACAACCAUUGUCGCUGGUCGGUUGGGUGCUGAGGAAUUGGCAGCUUCAAGCUUGGGCUUGACAACGAUCAACAUCAUUGGGUUCACCAUCUUUGAGGGCAUGGCCACGGCUCUCGACACAUUGUGUGCGCAGGCCUACGGGUCUGGUCGCUAUACCGGCGUCGGAGUGCACAUCCAACGGAUGAUAGUGUUCAUGUCAAUCGUCAUGAUUCCUGUCGGCGCAAUCUGGCUAUGCUCGCACUGGAUUCUGCCAUUGCUUGUCCCUCAGCGAAGCCUCGCCUUGAAAGCUGCUUCUUUCUUGCGCGUCAGUCUCGUCGGACUUCCCGGCUAUGCAUUUUUUGAAGCUGGUAAGAGGUUUCUUCAGGCGCAGGGUGAAUUUGCUCCUGGAAUGGUCAUUCUCAUUAUUUGUGCUCCCGUCAAUGCUUUUCUGAGUUGGUACUUUGCCGUCAAGCUCGACAUGGGCCUCGAUGGCGCUGCUUUCGGUCAAGCCCUUGCCAAUAACCUUCGACCUGCACUUCUUCUGUUGUAUGUCGUCUUCAUUGGCAAGAAGUCUCACCGAUGCUGGGGCGGCUGGGAUGGCCGUGCUGCAUUUGCGUUCCGCGAAUGGGGCCCUAUGGUCCGGCUCUCUAUUGCAAGCACCGCCGUGAAUCUUGCCGAGUGGCUCGCCUUUGAGAUCCUCAUGGUCAGCACAUCUUAUCUCGGUACCCGCCACUUGGCUGCGCAAACAGUACUCAACACGCUCUCUAUUGUUACAUGGCACAUACCGUUCUCGAUCAGCGUCGCAGUCACCACUCGCUUCGGUCACCUGGUUGGUGCUGGCGCACUCAAGGAAGCACGACGUGCUGCAAUUCUAUACACUGGCGUCUUCACCGUGGUGGGUAUCCUCGACGGCGCAUUCCUGUAUGUGCUGCGAAACCCGCUUGCAGAUAUGUUCUCCGACGACAGUACUGUCAGAGACUUGGCCACGGGAUCCAUGGUUGCUGUGGCCUGCUUCCAGAUCAUCGACUCAAUCAUCUGCGGCACCAAUGGUGUGUUGAGAGGUCUGGCAAAGCAAUCCGUAGCUGCGUGGGUUGUGCUAGCAGUCAACUACCUUGCUGCCGUGCCAUUUGCCAUAUGGCUCGAGCUGGGAAGCCCAGACCUCAAGCUCGAUGGUCUUUGGAUUGGUCUUGGAAGUGGUAUGGUCAUCAUUGCGAUUAUUGAAUGUGUGUAUAUGAAGUGGAUAAGCUGGCAGGAUUGUGUAAACGAUGUGAAGGAGAGGGAGGAUGACGGAACAUAGAAUGUUUUCGUAAGGACUUCAAGCCCGGACUACAUAGACAAAAGUAAUGCAUCUUCCGUGGCUCUUCUCGGCCACAUAUCUCAACUCAGCAACACCCAUAGAUACCAGUGAUCUUCUAUCUCGCAUCAUUGAGAAUCAGACGCAUGAAAUACACCUUUUCUCCUUUCCA